AUGGAUUCGGAAAAGGAAAAGGUCGGCGAUGCUAUCGCAAUAUCGGCGACGCCGACAGCUACCAAAGAUAUGGCAUCGUCGCAACCUCUAGAGUCGGUGCAGCCACCAGCCCCUAAAGCACCAAGUCCGGCUCCAAGCACUACUAGCUCGACCGGUCGUCCGCCUUACAUGCCUCAGUUCUCGGCAGCAACGCAGAUGAUUCUCAAGCGAAUAAAUUCCAAGCCCGGAAGUCUAUCAUCAGCGCUCUCAUCUGCCUCCUCAACGUUCCCUAGAAACAGCAUUAAGGAUUCCACUUUCGAGGAUACUAAGAGACGCCUUGUUAAAACGAUGAAUACUUCUCUAACGAUGCCUAUGCCAACUAUUACUCCAAAGAACGCUUCCUCUUCUUCAACUACGAAGAAACAAUCUGCAGGCACUACUAUGCGCAUGCCUAUGAAUGACGCCUUUCAGCUUAGGACGCCGGCGCCAGCCAAGUACGAGUCUACAACCAAGGAAGCAUCUCGGGGCCAAAAAGCACAAACCCAAAAGUCGAAGGGGAAGUCGCAACGCGGAACUAAGCGCAAACGCGGUAAGGACGACCAUGAUGAUGAAGAUACGUCCUCAAGCCUGAGCGAUCUAUCCGAUGACGAAAGUCCUACUAGCACAAUUGCUGUUACUACUACCACCAAGGAGAAUCAAGCCAUGCCUACUAUGACGAAGUCUGGCCGCCAGGUGCAGAAGCCGACGCAGUACAACCCCUCGCAGCAGUCAGCUCGCGAUGCCGCCACGCAAAAGCGCAAGAAUUACGGCAAGCGUACAGCAGAGCAGGCCCUGUGCAAAGUUUGUACUCGAGGACUGAGCGUCCCCGCUAACCAAAUCGUCUUCUGCGAUGGCUGCAAUCUUUGCUGGCAUCAAAUGUGCCACGACCCAUACAUCGACGACGAAUUUGUUAACAACGAGUCGCGCUCCUGGUUCUGCGGUCGCUGCAUGGCUAAACGCGAGAGACAUCUUGCCCGCAAGAAGAAUGUUGAUGGGUUUAAAGGCGCAAGCUGGUCCAACAAGACCAACGAACAAAAACGAACGUAUCUCUCCGCUGUACCUCACGCGCAGCUUGUCAACCUCAUCAUGUACAGCACGGAGCUGCAUCCAGACUUGCCUAUCUUCCCUCAGGAGACUAAACGCGGCACUGCUCAAGUGGGGCGACCAUCUCAUGAGAGUCUACGGGCCAAGGCGGAGUCCAACAUCAACGUCGGCCCAACGCACUACUCUAGCAAAAUGUCGACACCUGACUCGCAAUCCGUGAACGUAAAGACAAGUGUCAAUAAGGGUACUACUGCCGCCGAGAACCAAGACCAAGCAGCCAGAGAGGACUCUGCAGAUUCCGUGCCCCCUGCCUGGCCGAAAGUCGGACGUGGUUGUCUGGCAGGUUUGGAGAUUGACGAAGACGAUCUACGCGACGACAACGAUUACGAAGCCUUCAGCGUUACGACCUACGAUGCCAAGGGUAAGAAGAUCACGGAGAACGGCAUGGCAGUCUGA